AUGGACUGCAGCGCGCUGGCGAAUCUUCAGCAAUUAGUAUUGCUUGGAAUAUUAUCUGAAUCAGAUAUCGAUCCGGCCUUAAUACGUUUGAAUUGCAGUAAUCUCACCGACACCAGCCUUGGUGACUAUUCCGCUGACGAAAUCAUCGAAACGUUCCGUCAGGGUUUGUACACGCACGGCUCGCCAUCAACAUUGGCGUUAAUAGUGCUUUACGUCGUAUCGUUUACUCUGGGAUGCAUCGGUAAUAUACUUGUUAUAAUUGCGUGGUUUCGCAACAAACAUAUACGGACUAUUAUUAACUGCUUUCUGGUCAACUUAGCUGUGUGUGACUUGGCGGUGGUGUUGGUGUGCAUGCCGAUAACACUGGGCAACAUUGUCUACCAGGAAUGGAUUUACGGGGAAGUACUGUGCAAGCUUACUCCAUGUGUGCAGGGGAUGUCAGUUUCCUCCAGCGUCUUCAUCCUGACUGCAGUGAGUUUAAAUAGAUUUUAUGCAAUCCAUAGUCCAUUGAAGGCCAAGGUGUUGUUUACUAGAAAUCGAGUACGGAUCUUGAUAGUAAUAAUAUGGAUUAUAUCUCUAAUACUGAUGAUUCCUAUACUCAUCGUUAAUCGCUUAGUCACAGAGGUAUUUUUCGGUGUCGUACCGGUGACUUGGUGCCAAGAGGAGUGGCGGUCCAUGCGUAUGAAACACGCCUAUAACAUGUGUCUUUUCUUGGUUCAGUUCGCGUUACCAAUGUUGUUUAUGUUUGCCGCCUAUGCCAUGAUAGUCAGAGCUCUUGUGUUUAGAAGCUCGGAACUUGGAAAAGACGCUAAUCCCGACAAGCAACUAAAAGCGCAAAACAGAAGUCGAAGCAAAGUCGUGCGCCUACUCAUGGCAGUCGUCUUACUGUUUGCCGUUUCUUGGUUUCCGUAUCACGUCGCUACUAUCUGGACGGACUACCACCCUGUGAACGAAGCUAUAAAAAUGUUCCCCUUCGUACAGUGGCUUGGAUUAUGCAGCUCGUCUCUCAAUCCCAUAUGUUACUGCUUCCUCAGUAAGACAUAUCGAAAGACGUUUAAAGCUUCUCUCCAAUGUAAGUGGAAAAGAAAGAACGACGCAGGCGUUUACCGCAACUGGGGGACAUCGUAUGCGUUUAGUUUAGGAGCGACGAGCGUACGGCCAAGACGCGGGAAACCUAGUAGCCACAACGAAUUGCAAGGGGCAACGUACGCUCAGAUAGUCACCAAUGGGAAUUACAUGAAUGAUACUAGCCAAAUAGCUGAACAGUCAGUGAGACACGAAAGCCAAACGGAGGUGUCAUUGACCAAAGAAACGGAGCUGUGA